UUUUCUUCCAUCGGCCUCCGCCGGAAAUUAUAGUUCCUAUUAUCAAUUCCUUUUUUCCCUCAAAGCCGAUCUAUUCAGUCUUGACUGACAAAUGACCAAUGACCGCUGUGUGCGUCCCGACUCAUCAGUGCAUUUUAAUCCGUAGACCUUAUCGAAAUAACUCUUGACUCCCCUGGGCACAUGAAACUGGACACCCGAGCGUUUGAGGCCCCUCUUUCCAUGCGGAGGAAUACAUUGUUGCUGCUCACAAUGUGGAUGGAGGUGGUCAAGAUGUCUACUAGAAGAAUGAAUUCACCUCAAUUGUAACAACAUAAAGGAAGUCGUGGCGCGGGAUUGUUUGGAUACAGACCUGCAACAUUGUAUUAAUGACGUUGGUGUUUUGGAGGAGGAUGUCAAAGGAGAAAUAACACAUUGUUGCGCCUAUCAGCCUUUAAUGCGCCGUGCUUCAAAUUCUUUCAAGUUUUAUGGUUUUUCCCUGCGAGGCUGAACCUUUCUUUUUUACUACUGGAUGUAAGACAACUGAUAAACUGAGGGUUCUUUAAAAACCGAGGGGUAUGAACGAGCCACACCAGAGAAUGGCCACAGUGGAAACAGAUAAGGAACUCAGUGACCUGUUGGAUUUCAGUGCGAUGUUUGCCCCCCCUGUGGCCAAUGGGAAGAACAGACCAACCACACUUGCUAGCAGUCAAUUUGGUGGUACAGGAAUGGAAGAACGCAGUAGUCCUUGGGCUGCCGGAGAUCAAAACAGUCCAUCUUUUAACCAGAACUAUGGAGAGGGCCCACACUAUAAUGAGCAUGAAGGACUAUCUUCCCCAUUCCUUGGGACAGGGAUUAGUGGUAAAAACGAAAGAGGUCCUUACUCUUCCUUUGGGGGACAGCCGGGAUUCCUGCCCUCAGACAUUGCCAUACCUUCUGCAGAUGCCAUGUCCCCAUCUGGACUGAAGUCUGGCUCACAGUUUUACCCAUCAUACGCAAACAAUCCCCGAAGACGCCCCUCAGAUGGAGGCAUGGAUCCCCAACCACAAAAAAAGAUCAGGAAGCCACCAGGACUGCCAUCUUCCGUUUAUGCUGCCACCUCUGGUGAUGACUAUAUUCGUGACAGUGCCGCUUACCCGGGCUCCAAACCUGGCUCUGUGUACCCAGGAUCUUUUUACAUGCAAGAAGGCCUACACUCAUCUUCGGAUCCCUGGGCCCCUUCCGGAUCCUUAGGCCAGUCAGGAUACACGGCUAUGCUGGCGAAUUCGCCACACAUAAAUCAACCAGCCUCCUUUUCGGCGAUAAACCCACAAGACAGGAUGAACUAUCCUUUGCAUGGAGCAGACGUCAAUGGUUUCCAUUCAGGCUCUGCAGCCUAUAGCCACACAUCCUCCAUUAAUGGAUCAGACAGCAUUUUGGCCAGUAGAGGUACAGUCGCAAGCAGCUCAGGUGACGAGAUUGGAAAAGCUCUUGCUUCGAUCUACCCUUCGGACCACAACAGCAACAACUUCUCUUCCACUCCUUCCACUCCUGUGGGCUCUCCUCAAGGCAUUGCAAGUGCAACACAGUGGUCGAGAGCUUCUGGCCAGGCUGCUCUGUCUCCUAAUUAUGAAGGUGGACUACAUGCACUGCAAAACAAAAUGGAAGACCGACUGGAAGAGGCCAUUCACGUCCUCCGGAGUCAUGCGGUGGGUCAAGCACCAGGAAUUCCUGGAGCCCACGCUGACAUGCACGGCCUGCUGAGUGCCGUCUCCACAUCCAGCGCAUCCAUGGGCAGCAUCCCACAGGCUUAUUCCAAUGCAGGACUGCCCCUCAGCAACAGACACCCUGCCAUGGCUGGAAGCCAUCAUGACGACCAUGCCUGCCUUCCUCCCAGCAGCACCCUGUUGCAGUCGGCUCAUGCUUCAGGCACCCCACAGCCUGGAGGAGCACCAGAGGCUUUUAACACUUCAGGUUUGCCCGGAGGCUUGGCCCACGCCACGCAUUCGUCAAACAAGUCUGAUAUUAAGAGGGAGGAAAAGGAGGAUGAUGAGAACUCUUCUGUGGCUGACAAGUCUGAGGAAGAGAAGAAGGAAAGCAAACCUCGCACCAGACCAAGAAAGGAGGUGUUUUCCCAAGUCCUUUCAGGUGUUUCAGACCAGGGAGAAGAUCUAAAUGAAGAUGAUGAUGAUGAGGAUUUGCCGGCAGAGGUGAAGGUUGAGCGGGAGAAGGAGCGGCGGGUGGCCAACAACGCACGAGAGCGACUUCGUGUUCGGGACAUCAACGAGGCCUUCAAAGAGCUGGGCCGCAUGUGCCAGCUGCACCUGAGCAACGAUAAACCCCAGACCAAAUUGCUCAUCCUGCACCAGGCCGUCAAUGUCAUACUAAACCUAGAGCAGCAAGUCCGCGAACGCAACCUGAACCCUAAAGCGGCGUGUCUGAAACGGCGUGAGGAGGAGAAGGUGUCCGGGGUGGUUGGAGACACCCAGAUGCAACUGUCUGGACCACAUCCGGGCCUGGGAGGUGAUGGACGCAACUCCGUCAGUCACAUGUGAUCCUGUGAUCCGGUGAAAUUUCUUGGGGCUCCUGGAAGAAGUGACCUUGAAUCUCUUCCACCGUUCUCAUCCUCUCUGUAUGCAUAUAUUGACUCUGAAAGCAUAUCAUCCAAGAAAUAAAGAGAUGCACCCUCCAAACCCUUUUGGACGCAAGAACCGACCCGCCAAAACUGACAGCAAAAUUUGUCCGUGAUCACUCCAGACCACAGUUACCAGCACAAAUGUGAAGAACUCUUUGUCAAGUCGUUUUUGUAUUUUUCUGCUUCCCAAAACUGAUGGAUCAUAGGAAUAGAGACGUUCCGACCACAACUGACAUUUUUUUUCAACUGCAGAGAGUUUUGAUCGAGAGACGAGACAAACGUCAAUUUAAUCAUGGAUUUGUGCCUAAUUGUUACAUUUUAUAUAAGAUGCAAACUGCUUACUUGUGUGGAACAAACGUUUGGGAGUUGCUUGUAUAUGAGCAAGACUUUUUUUUUUUUUUUUUAAAUGUGGUUUGUCAUUCCCUACUGAAAGGUACAGUCUUACGUGCGUUGUGUAACCAAACCCCACAAGAAGUGGGGGUGAACCUGUGGUGCUUUUGAGGACAACUUUUCUCAGAAUGCCUCUGUACAGUGGGCCAGGGCUCUUCCGGAAAGGAGGAAAAAAAGCACAUGGGCCAUCGCAGCUCUCCAGACUGUUUCAUUUACUUGGAAACACGAUGCAUCAUCAGCUCUCACGAUGCCAUUGACUAGUUCAGCCAAUCGGAAGAAACUGCAUCAUAAAGGAGCAUGAGCUUCUAGCAAACUAUGACAAAAACACUUGGAUUUGGUUGCAUUUCCAAGCACAGAAUUGCCAAGUUGACCUUUCACAUCUUUCCUUUCAUAAGCCCUUUUUUGUUCACCAGGAUACAUUCAAUCACUCGCUCGCAUCAACUCAUUGUUGCCAAAAGUCUGAAAGCGUACACAUGUCCACCUCACACAUAUGUAAUGGAUGUUAUUUCGAUUUGAGAAAAAAAAUGUAAGAAUAUAUAUAAAUAUAUAUUUUUGUUAGUCUAUACAUUGUAGAUUUCUAAAUAACAAAAACAUAUUAGUUUGAAGUGUAGAGUCUAUAGCGCAAGUGAACGCUUGGAGGCGUGCCGUACAAUUUCAAAAAGACCCUGCGUAUAUUUUCAGAAACGCAAGGUAUGGGCGAGGCGAUCCAUUUGUAAUUUUAUGCCCCCCCCCCGAUAGCUCUAUGCUUAUAAUGAAAUAAGAUAUUUGAUGAUGGUUUUUGAGGGCUUAAAGCCUCGUGAUGGUUUCCUGAUAUCAGGGAACUGUCUGUCACUAGAAGUGUUCUUAGGCAAUGGUGCAGUGCGCAAGCAACGUUUGCCAUCAUGUCUCGCAAAUGCACAUAAUGCAACCUGUUUGAAUGUAAUAUUCAAAUGUACACGCUCUCACAUCUCCUUCAGACUGGCUUACUGUGAGUUUAGUUGAUCAUAUUGUCAUUUCAAGGUGUACGUCUUAACCCGUUUUUUUUGUCAUGUGUGUGUGUGAGAUGAUGUUCCCGAAUGAUUUGAAUUAUGUAUGUAGGGAAAAAAAAUGGUGUUAUAACCUGUGUAAUUGUCAAUGUCCACAAUGGAUAUGAUUUCUGAGUAAUAACAUUUCACCGUAAGGGGGGAUACUGAACUUAGGUUGUCCUAAAGUAUAAUGGAAACAUAAUAUCAAUUCUUGGUAAAGAUAAAAAAAAAAAGUUGUUGAACAUUUAUAUAUUGUGGCCUUCUUAUUCUCAAGACUGUCAUUUUUGAGAGUGAUGCCUUGUCAGUGCCUAAACUUACUUUCAUUGUAAACUUGACCAUUUGUUUUAUUAUUUCAAAAUGCAAAAAUGGCUCAUCCAUCUUUUUGGUUUUGCUUUGUUUCUUUCUGGAAGCAUCUGUGUAGUAUUUAAUCUGCAAGUUAGAAACAUUGUAGUUUUUCAUCAUUAUUAUGCUGUGUGUGUGUGUGUGCGCACCUUUUUGGCAAUUUUAUGAUUCUCGUUCCUGUCAUCUUUGGCUCAACUAGGUUGGAAUUUGAUUUUUGCUUUCAAGACGCUUUGUGUCCUGUGAUCUGUGAAGCACACGAAAAAAAAUAAAGGAUAUUCAUUGAUUCCGUAGAUGGGACUGGAAACACUAGACUGUUAUAAGUAAUUGUUAUUUAAUCCAGCCAUCUCAGUUGUGGGUUCAUUUUAAAAGUAUCGAUAAAAUAUUUCAAUGCUGGACUUUUGUUUUGACCCCUUUGCUUUAUGUGUUAGAUGCUGGAGAAGGAUUGUCUUGUCAUCUAGUAUUUUCCUGUCUGAAAUUACGUUUUUUUUUUUGUUUUUUUUUACCCCUGAAGCAUUUACUCUUGAAUGUCCAACGAAGUAAAACAUUUUGAAUGAAUUGUUGUGCGCCAAAAUAAGAUUGCUGCCCACGAUUUCCAUCAGAAUUAAGAUGUGUGUGAAUUUUACAGAACCUGGUGUCUUGCAGUUGCAGUAGGGACAUGAACAAUACUGCUGUUGUGUCUUCAGAGUGCCUCCGGUUUUUUUGUCAUUAUUAUUAUUAUUAUUAUUAUUUUGUCUUUGUUUUUAUAAAUAUAUAUAUAAAGUAGGUAUUGAGAACUGUCCUGUAUAUAACAGUAAUGUAGCAAUAAAUGUGCCAUUUUUAAUAACAGAAUUAUACAUUUUUUUCAAUGUCUUGCUUUUGAUCUUGUAUACCUUCAAAUGAGUUAAAUAAAAGAAAACAUUGUAAUAAAA